UUUAAGGAUCUCUCUUACUAAAAUUAGAACAAGUUCCACCGAAUCCACUGUGAUCAAUCCAUCAUCAAGAAGAAGAAGAGCAGAUCUGAAAUGGGUUCAGAGACUUUUCUAGAGGUGAUACUGGCAAUUCUCCUACCACCUGUUGGUGUCUUCCUGCGUUAUGGCUGUGGGGUGGAGUUCUGGAUAGCUUUGUUGCUGACAAUAUUGGGGUAUAUACCUGGAAUCAUUUAUGCAAUUUAUGUAUUGGUGGGAUAGUACUAAGAUACCCUGAUACCAGAUCUGUGAUGUUUGCAGUAUCUCUGUACUUUUUUUUUUUUUUUUUUUUUUAUAUUUGCCUCUUGUAUUGUUGUUGUAAUCUGGAGUCUAAGGUUUUGUUUGUUUGUUUGUUGUUUAUCCCAAGUAAUCAGUUUUCUUCCUCUGCAACCAUUUCUCAUGAAUCCGUUUCAAAUAUGAGUGGUACAUUCAUUGGUACAAUAGAUCUAUA